AAUUUAAUAGACAGAUUUGGCAUAUGUCAAAAGUGUUGGUGUCUGCUAUCUGAAUUAGGAAAAAAUAAUUAGUAAAAUGAGAGAAUAAUUGUUAAUGUAGUUUUAAACAUCUUCAAUUUAAUUAUAUCGUUACUAAACGGACUUAAUAUAGACAUUAGUUUUAAAUAACGUUAUUACAGUGAGACUGAAACAAUGAGCUUCUUUGGUUUCGGGCAAUCCGCCGAAGUGGAUAUAUAUCUUGAUGGACAAGAAACUAGGAAAAAAGUUGAGGUUAAGGGGGAGGAUAACAAAAAAGAACUGUUAUAUCUGUAUUAUGACGGAGAAACUAUAUCUGGAAAAGUAAAUGUUAGUUUGAAAAAAGCCGGUAGCAAAUUAGAACACCAAGGAAUCAAAAUAGAAUUCAUAGGACAGAUAGAACUUUUUUAUGAUAGAGGCAAUCACCAUGAAUUUAUAAGUUUAGUGAGAGAACUUGCACGACCUGGCGAAAUGAUUGCACACACUAGUUAUCCUUUUGAUUUUUUAAAUGUAGAAAAGCCAUUUGAGGUUUACACAGGUGCUAAUGUUAGAUUGAGGUAUUUUUUAAAAGUUACUAUAAUAAGACGUCUAGCAGACAUUGUUAAGGAACUGGACAUUGCAGUACAUACACUAUCUAGCUACCCUGAAAUGAAUAAUUCUAUCAAAAUGGAAGUUGGCAUCGAAGAUUGCUUACACAUAGAGUUUGAGUAUAAUAAGUCCAAAUAUCACUUAAAAGAUGUCAUAGUUGGUAAAAUUUAUUUUCUUCUGGUAAGAAUUAAGAUAAAACAUAUGGAAAUUGCUAUAAUAAAAAGGGAAACAACUGGUAUGGGUCCAAACAUGUUCACUGAGAACGAGACCAUAGCAAAAUAUGAAAUAAUGGACGGAGCACCUGUUAAAGGAGAAAGCAUUCCAAUUCGAGUUUUCCUAGCUGGUUACGAUUUAACACCGACAAUGAGGGACAUUAACAAAAAGUUUUCCGUCAGAUACUUUCUCAAUUUAGUCCUUAUGGAUACUGAAGAUAGAAGAUACUUCAAACAACAGGAGAUCACAUUGUGGCGAAAAGGAGAAAAGGUAAGGAAGCAAAUGCACGGUGGAAACUCUGGCAACGUUGGUAAUAGUAUGUCACAAGCUCAACAACAAAAUGAACAAAACUAUGACCCGAACGAGAGCAAUAAUGUCAGGAGUCAGGAAUCAGAACACCUCCAGGAAGAUGUGUUUAGGGACGGUAAAGUAACAUCGAGAUCCAUUGACAAUUUUCAAGGUCAAGACCCCAAUAUUAAGGUCAUGACUCAGUCGUCAGUCUCUGAGAACGACGUCGAGCACAUUCCGCAGACUAAAAUCGAAAACAUGGAGAGGGAAGCGGGAGAUGGACAAAACGACAGCAGUAACGAACCAGAAAAGUGAUAGUUGUUGUUGUUGUUGUUUAA